CUGAUGAGGAGCACCAGCAGCAUGUGGCAGCAGCAGCAGCAGCAGUGGCCAGGCCUCGGGCCCACCCUGAAGAGAGAGGAGAUGGGAUGCCAAGGCGCCGGAGGAACAUGGGAAACAGGCUGAUGGCCCAGAGGAGGGCACAGCAGGCAGAAGAUUGGCUGGAAGAGGAAGAUGAUGCUGAGGAGGUGCCAGAAUUUCAAGUGUCUGGGAAAAUUGGAGCAAAGAAGCAGAGGAAAUUAGAAGAGAAACAAGCCAGAAAAGCACAGAGAGAGGCGGAAGAAGCAGAACGAGAAGAACGGAAAAAGCUUGAGUCAAAAAGAGAGGAGGAAAGGCGGAAAGAAGAGGAGCGAAUACGUCUGGAGGAGGAACGGCAGGAGGAGGAAAAAAGGAAAGCAAAGGAAGAAGAGGAGAAGAGAGAAUAUGAAGAGUACCUGAAGCUGAAGGAGAGUUUCGUAGUUGAAGAGGAAGGGGUUGAAGAAUCAAUGACAGAGGAAGAGUCCCGCAGCUUUCUCAUGGAAUUUCUUGACUACGUGAAGAAAACAAAGGUAAUCCAGCUGGAGGACUUGGCUUCACACUUGGGUUUAAGGACACAGGAUGCAAUUAACAGGAUCCAGGACCUGAUGGCAGAUGGCACUCUGACAGGUGUGAUUGAUGACAGAGGCAAGUUCAUCUACAUCACUCCAGAGGAGAUGGCUGCCGUGGCUCAGUACAUCAAGCAGAGAGGCCGGGUGUCCAUUGCAGAGCUGGCCCAGGCCAGCAACUCCCUCAUCAACCUCCAGCCCGACAGCUGGGCAGUCGCUCCGCCCAUGGCCUGA